UCAGCUGGUUGUGAAGUGCGACAGACUGGACUACACUGGACAGAAAUGGCGACUCUCUGUCCAGGUGUUCAGUAUGGUUUAUCAUCGCAGCAAAAUUUUGGUGAAAAUAAAGACUUAAUUUUUGUGAAACUCACGGAUUCGGCUGUUCGUGCAAUAUACGACUUUUUAAAAAAUCAGAAUAAAUUCAACUGCCAGGGUCCCACGAUAAAGUUCCUAGGAAAUGAAGGGCAAUUAUCUUUCCCCUCCGUGCAAAACGGCUACACCUCUUUUAGUUUCUCCAUGUCGAGCACGGCGGAUAUGGAGGGCCCCGGGGGAAGUUUCGAAUGCGUCCAACAAACUGGUCCUCUCCCUCGGGGCUCCCUCGAAGUCCUCGGUUCAAUCCCAUACAAAGUCCGUGUUCGCGCCAAUGACGACAUCUACGAGGCUACCCGCCAUCGCAUGACCAUCGCCGAAGAAAACCACAAGAACAAAUGCACAAGGGAGAUAAAACCAAACGAAAAAGACAUUGGCCGUAAAGUGAAACUGAAACAGAGUCGCGCCUCUCUGCCGCCCAUCCGUCGGGAGCCGCCGCCCCCGGCCCCCAAACCGUCUUAUCAGUCGAAUCUGCCCUCCAAACCGCCGCCCCCCGUCAUCUCCUCCAGCAAUGGGCUGUCGAAUGGUUUGGGGAGCAAUCACGUGAGCAGCUCGAGGCCCCAAAUGAAUAAACCCUCCGUCCCUGAUAUCGCCCGGAGGCCCAUCAAAGAGCGAUUAAUUCAUCUUCUUGCGUUGAGGCCCUUUAAAAAGGUUGAAUUACAUGACCGAAUAACGAAAGAGGGUGUCAGGGAGAAAAAUGGGAUAACUUCGAUCCUGAAACAGAUUUCUUUCAUGAAAGAUAACUGUUAUCACCUCAACAGGGCGAUGUGGAACGAAGUGAACGAAGACUGGCCUUUUUAUACCGAAUCGGAAAGGCAAAUGUUAAAAAGGCGUAAGCCGGCGAACCUGACCCCUCCCGGCAGCAGUGACGGCGGCAGCUCCGGCAGUGGCCAAUCCCCGACAAGCACCCACCCCGGUUCUCCACCCCCCAUCUCUACCACGUCAUCGUCGUCAUCGAAACGCCCCGGCUACUACGAUAACCAGGACGGUCUUCCCACGAAACGUCAACGCAUCUCCCACUUUCGCAAACCCUCCGAACAAACUUAUCGUUCGCCAAUCGAAAACAACAGCAGCCAACGUCGUCCGCCUACGGAUUCACGUGACGCCAGCAACAUGAAUCCCCGUAGUAGGGAAUCCCCGACGGCCGUCGCCAUGAGCAACGGCGGCUACACGAAUGAUAAUAAUAAUAAAUUGCGAAACGAUGAUAAGCAACGUUGUGAUAGUCAUAGUUUAAGCUACGGACGCGAGAAAACGGGAGGCGGUAAUUCACCGGUAACGAAAACGACAACGGAAAACGGUUACGUUAACGGAAAAUGCACGCAGAGAGAAAAUGAGAGGAAGAGAGAGAGAGUGACAAGUACGAGUCAAAGGAGUGUCAGAGUCAGUCCCGAUAGCCAAUCGGAAGCGAUGGGCGGGGAUAGGGUGUCACCAAUCAGGGAGAAGGGGGCGGUGGCUAAAGUCGAUAGCAGUUCGGAGUUUCCCGAUUAUCUAACGGAAUACACUACGAUUAAAGAUGCCGAUCAAAGGCGGCGUUUCAAAGCCGACUUUAACGCCGACUAUGCCGAAUAUAAGGACCUUCACGGAAUCGUGGAAAAAGUAUCUAGGAGGUUCGUCGAUUUAGAAUUGAAGCUUAAACAAGAAGACGCGUCUAGUCCCAGAUUUAAAGAUCUAAAAAAGCAAAUCGUACGAGAAUACAAUGAAAACAAGAACGAUCUGGAACACCAAAAACUAAAACGCCGCUUUCAAUAUCUCCACGACAAACUCUCGCACAUAAAACGUCUUGUCUUAGAGUACGACCAGGGCCUCGCCAACACCCGAUACUGACCCUGGGUCUUUUCGGGCUCUCGGCCCCACGCCCCGGCACAUUGCUAUGGACUCCUGCCAUCGGACGACUCAAUACUAACAUCACGAACCACAAAAAUCCCAUUGGAAGUUUAAAAAACAAGAAAAAAAAUAGUCAAGUCAUAUAGUCUAGUGACACUUGAUUUUUCGGUUAUUUAUUAUUUAUAGGUUAAGUUCAGGGCACGACAAGUGGCGGCCAUUGCUCAAAUUGAUUUGUGAUACGAAUUUGUUGUUUGUUUGUUUUUUGGCACAAAACGGGACGCCACUGGUAAUUUGGUUGAGUUCUAGUGCCAUAAUAACGAUCCGAAAAUCCCCGAAAUUGACAGUAUUGCCAUUUUGACCAGUUACCAUUGAUCUUCCGCUUUUUAUUGUUUCUUCCCAUUUUACAAUUUUCCUGUGCCAAACUUGAUAUUCCGCCCCUCCUCUUUUAUUUAUUAAUAAUCUCAUUGGACGUUCAGUUCGCCAUAGCUCCGCCCCCUCCGUGUGACUGACAGCUGAACGUGUCGACUAGAUCUAAUUUAGGCGUAGUUAGAACAAAUGAGGUAUAUAACUAUUGAACUGUGAUGACCACGCUCAUUCCGUUAGUGUUAUGUUGUCCAGUAGCAGUGCCCUUCCUGCCAAUCAGACUGUCCGUCGAUGUGGUUGUGAUUGUACAUAUGAUCUUCGAUGACGACCUUGGCCUGACCUUGACUCAUCAAAUAUAUAUACAGUACCAUGUAUCUAUAUUAUUACAUAUAUAAUUAAUAUGUUAGAGUAUGCUUAAUCAACUUUAUUCUGUCUUCUCGCUUAUUUUAUCGUUUUUCCUUCUGAGAACAAAGCAAAAACCAAAAAAAAUAAAAAAUAUUAAAUGUCGUUAGUCCGGGGUUGUGUAAUUUCUAUACGUACCGAGUCAAUUGUUAAAAUUCGCCUGAAUGUUAUAUUAAUUAAUUACAUGACACGUGGAUUAAUGUGAUAAAAGUAAUGGUUCAUUGGUUGUUUGGUUUGGUUGGUUAUAUUGUGUUUUUUUAUUGUAUGAGUAAUUCCAGUGACCGUACGUAGACUAACAUGUUUUCGAGCGCAUUGAUUGCUCUCUUUCUCUCUCUGUUGUUAUGUAAAACGCGCCACUUGUUGCCAAGCUCGGUCUGUUGUCGAUUUAUGUUAUAUAUCACUGUGUAAAUAAGUAAAAACAGUCUGUUUACGGUUAUUAUGUCCAGUUCGUAAUCAAGUGGCUAGGGUUUUAUAACGACAUUAUGUUUUAUUGUAAAUUUGAACUAUGCAAUAUAUUUAAAAGCAUCCCGA